AAGGGAUAUUAAGCUAAUUUUAUCAAGUGUUUUAACAUUAACACAUUAAAUAAGAUCAGUACUUAUGUUUGGUUUGGACUCACUUUUGAUUGUCAUGUUUAUUCAUGGAGCAGAUAGCUCCACCUGCUAACAGUGGAUGCCAUCCUGUUUGAGAUAGGAGGAAAGUAUAAAAAGUUUCCGGGUGUCCUAGUUUUCCCAUUUAUUUGCAAUUGUAAUCGUCACUGAUGUCUGCUCACGUUGGGGUUAUGGAGAUGAUCUUUGGAUUGUUGCUGUUGUCCUUGGUGGCCGUCGGGAGAAACAGAGUAAUUGCUACGGACACUGAAACUGAAACUUAUGAAGAAGAAGAAGUGGAUGACGCUGAAAAGCUUCCAAUUCAACUAGACCACCUCACUGAGUAUUUAUUUGAUCACCUAAAACAAUUGCCUGUGAAGCAUAAAUUCCUGACUGGAGGCUCGUUAGAUCCAACUAAACAAACUGGAGAUCCAAAUGGGAACUCUGCAGGCCCCAUGGAGCCAACUGUUGAGUCUAACUUCCAAAUUAAGAUCCCAGUCAGUUCCAUGAAACAGCUCCUUAUGCACACUAAACCAAAACUCUUCUUCCAGGACCAAGUAGGUCGCAUGAAACCUUUCAUUUUGGCCAUGAACCCCACAUCUGUUUUUGGAGAUCCACCGGGUCCCAGGAAACCAAUGCCUAUGCCUGUGGAGCCCAAAUACCCAAUCGGGGGCCCAGUAGGUCUUAUGAAACCAGUGCCUAUGCCAGUGCAACCAAAAUACCCAUUUUGGGGCCCAGUAGGUCCUAUGAAACCAGUGCCUAUGCCAGUGGAGCCAAGGUAUCCAAUUGGGGGCCCUGUGGGUCCUAUGAAGCCAAACCCUUUCCCUAUGGAGCCCAAAUAUCCAAUUGGGGGCCCUGGAGGUCCCAUGAAGCCUAUGCCAGUGGAGCCAAAGUAUCCAAUUGGGGGCCCUGUGGGUCCUAUGAAGCCAAACCCUUUCCCUAUGGAGCCCAAAUAUCCAAUUGGGGGCCCUGUAGGUCCCAUGAACCCUAUGCCGGUGGAGCCAAAGUAUCCAAUUGGGGGCCCUGUGGGUCCCAUGAAGCCAAACCCUUUCCCUAUGGAGCCUAAAUAUCCAAUUGGGGGCCCUGUAGGUCCCAUGAACCCUAUGCCUGUGGAGCCAAAGUAUCCAAUUGGGGGCCCUGUGGGUCCCAUGAAGCCAAACCCUUUCCCUAUGGAGCCUAAAUAUCCAAUUGGGGGCCCUGUAGGUCCCAUGAACCCUAUACCUGUGGAGCCAAAGUACCCAAUUGGGGGCCCUGUGGGUCCCAUGAAACCAAUGCAUUUGCCCAUGCAGUCUCACGACAAUUCAGCAGGACCACCGUACAAAGACUUGGACUUCAUGGGCCCCUUCCAGAUGCCUCAGGCAUCCCAAUCGUCGAGUUUUGACGGGAGGUUUUACGCAGAUCCUGUUUCUGACUUUUAUAUGUGGUUUUGCAACAUGGGACAUCGGUUACAACAACCACAACAGCCCCCCCAGGGCAAACAAAAGUGGGAAAUGCUACAUUAACAGCUACAACGGUGAAGGAGCUGAUCGGCUGUAUAUUUUUUGCCACAAUAAAAUGUUUAUCUGUGA